AUGAAAUUCGGAGUUCAGGCGAAUAGCGGAGAUGUUGUUGUUGGCAUGCAAGAUGUUGGAAAACGUGUCAUUGUUGGAAAAAUGCGAACUGGAGUGCUGAAAUACGUGGGAAGAGUUGGAGGAAAGGAAGGCAUCUUUUGUGGUGUUGAACUAGACAUCGCUGCCGGUUUACAUAAUGGCACUUAUCAAGGAGUCAAGUAUUUCGAAUGCAUUGAUAAACACGGUAUAUUUGCGCCGAUCUACCGAGUCGAAUUGUAUCCACAAACAACCUCAAUGCCGGGACGUGAAGAAGUUUCACUCAAAGAGGUUGGUGUCCAAAACCUGUUCCAUCGAUCGUCGUAUUUUGAAUCUGCUGCAAAAAGUCUGCUGAUUUAUGCCAUUCAACAGGGUUUUAUUCUGCAUUUAAGAAGUUCGAUGUGGUUGUCAGCCACAAUUUUUGAUUGUUGCAAGAUCACGCUUGGAACCGUAGCGAACUCAAUUGGUAUAAUUAACCGAGCCAUUAUGGAAAACGGCGUUAAUGACAGAGUACCGAAAUUAGUACGAUCAGCGAUGCCAUCAAUAGGCACAACACCUUCCUAUCCAUCCACGAUACCUUCAAUGGAUGUUAGUAUGGCAUCAGUUAGUUCGAUGGGAACAUCAUCAUUCCUUUUUGACAACUCCAUGGUAAUGAAUGGAAGCUGGAACAGCGAUCAGAUGUUCUCGUCGAAUGCAACAUAUACCAUUACUCCAGCGACUACUAAUACGCGAUACGAAUUUUUGGAAGACAUUGAAUGUCCAAGUACACUGAUCGAUGUGAGCGAUGAUUCAUUUCCAACAGAAUUGCCAACCAAUUCAACAAGUCAAAUAUUGGAUGAAUCCAAGAUUGGCGUUGAUCACCUGCCAGUGAUCAAUGACGAAGCAUCCACUCCGCUAGUGGAAUACCGAACUUUUACGGAUGAUACUAAACAGCAAGAAAUAUCAACGUCGUCAUUUUCACCACAUUCAAGUAACAAUAACAAUCCGUUCCUGAGUGAUUUGUUCGCGAGCGAUGACUUGAGUCAAUACAACUACGAUGAUAUUGCGAGCGACUACCUUAUCAAUGAAGAUAACACUGAUGUUACUUACAUAAUACGCACGUCUCCUCUACAGAAGUCGUCAUCGCAAAUGAGUAUGGAUUCGGUGACAUCUGACGAUCAUCAAAUUGAACCAAUGCAAGAAGGCGUAAUCGAGCCAACACCGACUAUGGUUGAGAAGCAGGGCAAUAAUAAUAAUUUUGUUCCAUCAAAAUCUGGCUCGAAGAAGAGUCCAACGAAGAAAUCAGCGAACGCCACCAAUAUUACGUCUGCCAAGAAACGGAUGACCCUCGAUCUGGCGAAGCGUAACGCAACACCUGACCAAAUUAACGAACAUAAGGAGGAACGUCCCAGAAAACCGAAACCACCAUCCAUUCGAGAACUGCAAAAUGCUCCAACACCCAAACCAAAACCAAAACCACCGUCAAAAUCGCAGUUGUUGAUGGAACAGAUCAAAGCAAGUAUUGCGGCCGAUAAGCGUAAACCAAAAAAAGAAAUUAAAUCGAAACUAAGCGAGAUACUCGCCGUGCAUUUUACACCAACUGCAACACCGACAAAUGAAAAUCAAGGUGAAUUUCUCAAAUGUGUGAAAGCAUUGAAGAUUCUUGGAUAUUUUUCGGGUUCAGGCGAGCAGCCGUUUGUCUUGAGGAGUGGUGUAUCGUCUUUCUCAUCAGUAUAUCUGUUUACACUUUUGAUUGCGGCAGGCCGUUCAGCCAUUAUCACCACUGGGAAACUGCAAAUUGGAAUUAAUUUAGGAAUGGCACCUGGAGAAGAUUCGAAAAAGCCGACGGUAUCUCCGAACGCGAAACGUCGUCGUAACGAACCGUUGAAGUCGUUGAACGCAAAACCGUCGGCUUCCACCUCCAAUUCAAACGCAACACCUCGCGCACCAAUCAAGCCUCGUCAGUCACUCUUACCACCGAAAAUAAUUCACAAUAAAGCCACAAAAGGUAACGAACCGUUGAAAAAGACUUCUCCUCUGUCGAGAACUGGAAGUUCAUCAACGGUGUGUUCAGCACGUAUUGCUUCAACAACAAAUGCAUCAACUCCAAAAUCAAAAGAAGAAGAUGAUGCAUGGAAAUUGAAACGUCUCAACAGAGCUAUAUUAGCGUUCGACGCACUCUCGAUUGUACUCGAUCAGACACUACAAAAAGGCGAAAGCGAAAUUGCCGCUCUCAGCGAUGAAAAACACGACUUGGGUAUGUUAAUUAUCUUCUAUAUUGAGAUUAUCAACUCUGUCCUUUAA